GGGCAAUUGUGCGUAAAUUGUGUUCUAGCGUGGGAAAUACCCACGCAAAGCAUUUGUAACAUGGAAGAUGAAGGAACAGAAAAUUCCAACCACUCUACUGAAGAAGAAGUUGAAUUUCAAGAGAAAACAGAAGUAAAUAAUACACAAAAAUCUGCAAGUGUUUCAUCACAAGUGCCUUCAACAUCUCAUGCACGUCCAACAAGUCCAGCUGCCUUCAAGCCUGCCUCAAAUAAAAGAAGUAAGACUUCUAAACAAAAUAAGACCCAAACAGACUUCAUGAAUUACUGCAAGAAUCAGCUUGAAAGCAAAAAUGAAAUUGAUGAAUUUGAUGCAGCCGCAAUUUCGUGGGCGAAAAAAAUUAAAAAGAUGAAUCCAACUCAGGCUAUUUAUGCAGAUAUGCUUAACAAUCAAGUUGUAAAUAAAGGAUUAUUAAACCAAUUAACCGAGACAACGAUAAUUAUGCAAGAAUCACCAGUUCCACUUCCACUUUUCUCACCGCCUAGCCCAUAUAGUGUUGCUUCUUCAAAUUCUUCAUUACAUCGUCCAGAAAGAACAUCUCAAUUACAUGCUUUAGAUUCAGCAAGUAUAACAGCUUACUAUGAGCAAGCUAGUCAGGAUUUUAGUAAUUAA